CUGUUAAGACUUAUCGUGAAGUCGAUAUUGGAAAUAAGACAAUUUCUUUAUUUUCGCGUAUCUAAUCAUUUUCUUCAUAUAAAAAAUAAAGUAUUAUUCACUGGAUGGUUCGGACCCAUCGGUGUUGGCGCGAUAUACUGCUCGACUCUUGCCAAACAUGAAUUAGGUAACGGUGAUUCGCACAACACCCUUAGUAAUAUUGUUCUUCCAGUCGUGUUUUUCUUGGUGUUUAGCUCCAUUAUGGUUCACGGAAUUACAAUUCCGCUAGUUAUGAUUUCAAAAAGGAUCAACACUCGUACAUUCACAGCUGGUUCCGUAUACAAUCAAGUUUCACGAUUACCAGUGAUCCGAAUUGGUCAAGAUGUAUUUUUUACAACAGAUGAUAAGGGAAAUAUUCUACCAUCU